AAACCUUAAACCCAAAACAAAUCCAAUUGCCAUAAGCUGCCAUGGAUGUUCUUAAUAUCUCAGUCGCAAACACUUCCAUAGCUUUAGCCUUUGCUUCAGUCCUACUUCUCUACUAUUUACUACACAGAUCUAAAACUUCCAAGGCAAUUUCACCCCCAGAAGCUGGUGGUGCAUGGCCGAUACUAGGCCACCUCCACCUCCUCGGUGGCUCUCAACUACCCCACAAAACCUUAGCUUCCAUGUCCGACAAAUACGGACCCAUUUUCACCAUCCGCCUCGGCCUCCACCGAGCUGUGGUGGUGAGCAAUUGGGAGAUAGCCAAAGAAUGCUUCACCACCCACGACAUAGCAGUUUCGUCUCGCCCCAAAUUCAUCGCCGCUGAACACCUCGGCUACAACUACGCCAUGCUCGCGUUCUCCCCAUACGGCUCAUACUGGCGCGAGCUCCGCAAGAUAAUCUCGCUCGAGCUCGUUGGUCACCGCCGGCUCGAGCAGUUCAAGCACGUCCGAGUCUCCGAAACCGACACCGCCAUUAAAGAGCUUCACAAGGUUUGGAGAGAAAAGAGAGAUAGCUCAGGGACGAUUAUGGUGGAGAUGAAGCAGUGGUUUGCGGACUUGACUCUCAACGUGGUGGUUAGAAUGGUCGCCGGAAAGAGGUAUUUUGGUAGCGGUAGCGGUGGUGAUGACGAGGAGGAGGCGCGGCGGUGUCAGAAGGCGUUUAGGGAUUUCUUCAAGUAUUUGGGGCUGUUUUUGGUGUCUGAUGCAUUCCCAUUUCUGAGGUGGUUGGACUUGGGUGGACAUGAAAAGGCCAUGAAAGAGACUGCGAAGGAAAUGGACUGUCUUGUUGGGGGUUGGUUGGAGGAGCACCGUCGCAAGAGAGAUUCCGGUGAUUCUAACGACGAGCAGGACUUCAUGGACGUGAUGCUGUCAACUCUUGAAGACACUGACCUUGCUGGGUACGAUAUUGAUGUCAUCAACAAGGCCACGUGCUUGGUUUUGAUCACUGGAGGUGCCGAUACAACUGCAGUAAUGUUGACAUGGGCACUCUCAUUACUAAUGAACAAUCGCCACGUGUUAAAGAAAGCUCAAGAAGAAGUGGACAUCCACAUCGGUAAGGAAAGACAAGUGGACGAAACAGAUAUCGAAAAAUUAGUAUACCUCCAAGGCAUAGUUAAAGAGACAUUAAGGUUAUAUCCAGCAGGCCCAUUAUCAGGCCCAAGAGAAUUCACAGAGGAUUGCAUUAUUGGUGGAUACCAUGUCUCCAAAGGCACACGCCUAACUCUAAACUUAUGGAAGCUCCAAAGGGACCCAACUAUAUGGCCAGAGCCAUCGGAGUUUCGACCGGAGAGGUUCCUUACAAGCCACAAACAUGUUGAUGUCAAGGGUCAGCAUUUUGAGUUGAUCCCCUUUGGAGCUGGAAGAAGGGUGUGCCCUGGAACAUCAUUCGGCGUCCAAAUGUUGCACUUGGUGCUAGCUAGGUUUCUCCAUGGCUUCGAGCUUUCGACUCCAUCCAAUGCACUAAUUGAUAUGACUGAGAGCGCUGGACUAACAAAUCUCAAAGUCACUCCACUUGAAGUACUUGUCACCCCUCGUUUAUCUCCUAAUCUUUAUUAAUAGCUUGUCAACUAUUAAAAAUAAUAAUGUUAUUAUGUGCACAAAAUAUCGUCUCAAAAAAAAAAAAAAAAAAAAAAAAAUACAAAAAAACACAAAAAAAUCAAUGUGUAGUUUAAAUUCAUUUUUGAUGUAAGUGGUACUCAAAAUGAAUCUAAAUUCCAUAUUGAUUUUUAUGUG